CGGAUCUGGCAUAAACAGAUGGCGAACCCGUGUGGGAUCAGCUCUCGCCAACAGCGGCGGCACCGUGGUCAACACCCAGCAGAUCAUCGCCCACCCGCAGUACAACCCGUUCACCAGGGAUAACGACAUCUCUCUCAUCCGCACCUCGGCUAAUCUUCCCAGCAACAACAACGUCAUCCCUGGCAGCAUCAGUGGACCCAACUACGUCCUUCCUGACAACUCGCCGGUCAUCGCUGUGGGAUGGGGUCGUAUUAAUCAAAUUGGACAAGUUACCGAGCAGCUGCAGCAGGUGCAGAUGUGGACUGUCAACCUGAACGUCUGCAGACAGCGGUAUGCUAUGGCCAACUUGGCCAUCACCGACAACAUGCUGUGUGCCGGCUGGCUAGACGUCGGCGGUCGCGAUCAGUGCAAUGGCGACGAGGGCGGUCCAGUUUUUCACGGCCGCGUGGUCGUCGGCAUCACCUCCUGGAGAAUCGGCUGUGGAAGCCCUCAGUUCCCUGGAGUCAACACUCGCGUAUCCAACUACACCGCUUGGAUAACUAGCAAUGCCUAGGGUUUUGUGAUAUUAUAAGCUUUGACCAUGACAAUAAAAUAAUAAAUGUUAACGAACGAACGAACGAUCUUUUGCAUUAUUGAGUAAUUGUAAAUAAUAUUUAUAUAUUGACCCAGUUUGCAAGAUUUUUUCAUCUAGUUAGUGUACAGAUUAGAAUUACUUAAGUUCUAUUUUCUUUUUUCAAUAAAAUGAGGUCUUGAAGAUAUUUAUCAUUCAUUAAAGCAUCACUUUUGACAAGUUGUUGAUGGAUAGGGGUGUUUCCGCGUAUUAUCUUAAAAGUAACUGAUUAUCUACCAGGACAAUUAUGACUAAUUUAUUUAUUUAUGUAUGUGCCACUUAGGCUCUUCGUACUCGUGAUUCAAUUAGAUAUUGCAUAUUUUAAAAAUUACUGUCAACUUUAGGAACUUUCACAUUAAAAGUUGUAUUCAUUAUACAAACAACAAAGUAUUUAUCCGUCUUGUCUUGCAAGUAGUCUUUUUAACCAGUGUAAGUGUUAUUGCCUCCUACUUUAUAGUGAUUGUUUACCCAAAAUGAAUCUACUCCAACUUAUACAAAGCUAGUUUUUGUUAAUAAAAAAUCAAUGGCAUUAUCAAUCAAGUUCACGUUCAGGCAGCUGAUUAUGAAAACGUGUUAUUUUCUUAUUUUUUUGUAUAAAAACAACUAAUCUUUAUACACUUGUUGGCACUCUAAUCUUGGUUGAAAGAAUUAAAUUCUAAUCAACUUGUUUUCAAUGUAAGUCAUUAUCCUUAUUUUAUCAUUGUGAAUCAUCCGAUUUUGUUUAUUAUCUAUUGAUUAUAAAUACUUAUAGUUGUGAGUUUGUGGAUAGAUACACAAUACAUUUGCUGCCGUCAAGAUGCGUGUUUCAUCUGUACUGUCACUGUUUAUUGUGGGGCUGGCUGCUGUGUCAGCUGCCCCCAGCUCGAGGAUCAUUGGUGGGUCUGCGGCCACCAUUGCCGCAUACCCGGAGAUGGCCUCCUUGCUGUACUCCGCUACCAACUCUGGCCAUAGACAACUCUGCGGAGGCACCAUCCUUAACAGACGAGUGAUCCUCACCGCUGCAUACUGUACUCUCGGAUCUGGCAUAAACAGAUGGCGAACCCGUGUGGGAUCAGCUCUCGCCAACAGCGGCGGCACCGUGGUCAACACCCAGCAGAUCAUCGCCCACCCGCAGUACAACCCGUUCACCAGGGACAACGACAUCUCUCUCAUCCGCACCUCGGCUAAUCUUCCCAGCAACAACAACGUCAUCCCUGGCAGCAUCAGUGGACCCAACUACGUCCUUCCUGACAACUCGCCGGUCAUCGCUGUGGGAUGGGGUCGUAUUAAUCAAAUUGGACAAGUUACCGAGCAGCUGCAGCAGGUGCAGAUGUGGACUGUCAACCUGAACGUCUGCAGACAGCGGUAUGCUAUGGCCAACUUGGCUGUCACCGACAACAUGCUGUGUGCCGGCUGGCUAGACUUCGGCGGUCGCGAUCAGUGCUAUGGCGACGAGGGUGGUCCGGUCUUCCACGGCCGCGUGGUCGUCGGCAUCACCUCCUGGAGAAUCGGCUGUGGAAGCCCUCAGUUCCCUGGAGUCAACACUCGCGUAUCCAACUAUGCCAAUUGGAUCGCUAGCAAUGCCUAGGCUUUUGUGAUAUUAAAAGCUUUGGUCAUGACAUUAUAAUAAAUAAUUUGUAUAGUUUUUAUUAUGCUAUGUUGUCUCGAGCAUGAUCUAAGUUGCAUGUUUAUAUUAUGUAUAAGCGUGUAGCACUAUCUUUUGCAUUAUUGAAUAACUGAAAGUAGGGAGAAAAAAAUACAUUUUGAAGCUCAGUGUUUUUAUAGAAUAACACCAAAGAGAUUGCAUUAUCUUUCUAAAAAUAAUAAUAAUAUACAGUCAGCUGUCGUUUGUUA